AUGGCGUCUAUCACAACACCUCAACCUCCCCCAUCAUGGACGCAUUCCCCUGAGGAUAUCAAGAGAAUCACGAAGGAGACUCUGGAUAGGUAUCGCGCUAUGGAGGACCGGGUUGGAGCCCUGAAGCCUGAGGAUUGCACUUUCGAAUCUGUCUUCCGUACCAUUGCCGAGUACGAUGCUGAACUGGAAUCCACAUUAGAACCUCUAUUUUUCUACCAAAACGUAUCCCCCUCGAAGGAACUGCGUGACGCAUCCAAUGAGGCUGAGGCCCGGGCUCGCGAGUUCUCCAUCGAGUCAAACAUGAGACUGGAUGUCUUCGAAGCUAAGCAGAAUGCUGAGCGGAACAUCAAGGAGUCCGGUAAAAAGUUGGAUGCAGAGGAACAGCGGCUGGUCGAGAAGAUGGUUCUGGACGGUAAACGGGCUGGAUUGGCGCUGCCUGAGGAGAAACGGAAUGAACUCAAGGCGCUUCAGAAGGACCUCUCGCAGACUUGUUUGGACUUUAGUAAAAACUUUAACGAGGAAAAAGGCGUCAUUACGUUCACUCUUGAAGAACUCAAGGGUGUCCCGGCUGACGUUGUAUCCGGCUACACCAAACGAACUGAGGAUGGCAAGGACCUCUACGACGUCACCCACAAGACGCCAGACAUAUUCCCCGUGCUCAAAUAUGCGGAGAACCCAGAGACGCGUCGCCGAGCGCACGAGAGUUACGACGCCCGCCUAGCAAUCAACGAGCCCCUCCUAUCCAAGGCACUGGAUUUACGUCGCAGGAUUGCCAGACUUCUCGGCUACAAGACAUGGGCUGACUAUAUCACGGAGGUCAAGAUGGUUAAGUCUGCGCAGAAUGUCAUCGACUUUCUCAACGACCUGGAGCAAAAGCUCCGCCCAAUUGGACUAGAAGACCUUGAGCGUCUUCGUGCUCUGAAGAAGGAAGAACAUGCGGACAAAGGGCUGCCAUACGAUGGCGAAUUUUACAUCUGGGAUUACCGGUAUUACGAUCGCAAGUACGUCGAGCGUACGCUGGACCUGGACGACUCGCUCGUCAAGGAGUAUUUUCCCGUGUCGGUGGUCGUGCCGACUAUUCUGGAGAUCUACCAAAACCUCCUUGGUGUGAAGUUUGAGAAGAUUGAAGGGGAGACAUGGCACCCCGAGGUCCAGCAAUUCUCAGUUUGGGAAAAUAAUGCUAAGGAUGCCUCUGGUUUCAUCGGGUAUUGUUACCUCGAUCUCUUCCCCCGAGAGUCGAAGUAUUCUCACGCAGCCGUCUGGGGCCUGCUCCCGGGAUAUGACCGCCUAGACGGGAAGCGCCACUUCCCGUUGGCCGCUAUGGUUGCGAACCUGGCCAAGCCCACACCGGACCGUCCUGCCCUUAUGCGACAUGACGAUGUCGUGACCUUCUUCCAUGAGAUGGGCCAUGUAUUCCACGGCCUUCUGAGCAGGACAAAGUUCCAGCGAUUUCACGGGACUAGGUUAGGUGUCGCGAGGGACUUCGUAGAAGCGCCUUCGCAGAUGUUGGAAAACUGGUGUUGGGAGCCCAAAGUCUUGGAGAAGAUGUCCAGCCACUUCGAGAAGAAAGAGCCGCUGUCGCCUGAGCUCAUCGAAAAGGUCAUUAAGAGUCGAUACGCCAACGUGGGAUUAUUUGAUCUGCGGCAGAUAUUCUUCGGUAAAUUCGACAUCAAGGUCCACACCGACCAAGAACCUGCUGACUACACUACGCUAUGGAAUGAAUUGCGGGAGUCGGUAUCAUUGGUAAAAGGCGGUAAACAUCAACCAGGUCAAGCUAGCUUUGCACACAUCACCGGAGGGUAUGAUGCCGGAUAUUACGGAUAUAUGUAUUCGCUUGUAUUCGCGGCGGACAUGUAUGCGACGGUAUUCAAGAAGGAUCCUUUGGACCCCAAGCUAGGUCGAAAGUACCGGGACGCCAUCCUUCGCCCCGGGGGAAGUCGGGAGGAACUGGAUUCGCUGAAGGACUUCCUGGGUCGCCCUCCGCGAGCGGAUGCAUAUAUGGAGGAAAUCUUCAAUAGUAUGGGAAAGGUUAAUACCCAAGCGGGAGCUCAUCUCUAA